CAGGGAGAAGCCUCUCUUCAGAGCCAAGUGAAUGAAGGCAACUUUUCACAGACAGAGGUGGCCCAAGAGAAGGGGAAGGAGAUGGAAGAGCAGAACCCAGAAGGACCUGGAACUGGCAAGAGAGCAAGAAAGAGCCCCCAUCCCAUCCAACCUGAAAGUGGUGCUGAAUUUUGGAAAAGAGCUUUGUCAGAGGUCCUGGCUAAGGACAACAUGACCGCAGAUGUGUUUUGCCAACGCUUCCGGCAGUUCCGCUACCAUGAGGCCAUUGGACCCCGAGAGGUUUGCAGCCGGCUCCAUGGACUUUGCAGCCAGUGGCUGAAGCCGGAGAGGCACACCAAGAAGCAGAUCCUAGACCUGGUGAUCCUGGAGCAGUUCCUGACUCUCCUGCCCCAGGAAAUGCAGGGUUGGGUCAGAGGAUGUGGGCCGGAGACCAGUUCCCAGGCGGUGGCCCUGGCCGAAGGCUUCCUCCUGAGUCAGGCAGAGGAGAAGAGGCAGGCAGAGCAGGUGAGGGGUUCUCUUCAGCUGCCCACCUGGAUCUAUGCACAAGGACCAUUAGAUCAGAAGAAUCUGAAAAUUAAAUCAAGUCAGCAGCCCAUCACAAUACGUUUAGGUUCAAAGCCAAGUACAAGUUCGGAUAGUGAAACGAAAGAGAGUGAUGAGACAGACCCUGCGAAAACUGUAAAACAUGAUCAGAGCGAUGAAAAUGGCAAAGGAUUACCCACCACACAAACUAGUAUGGCUGCCUAUGUAAUCAAGGACUGUCAGAACAGCAAAGUACCUGUGGGCUUUGCAACUGGUGAUGAAGAUGUCAUUUAA